CCCGGACGUGGCACUCGGCAGUGUCCUAUAACCGGAUCAGUGUACAACUAGCACACGUCGGUGUUGCUGUGGCUAAUAUCAGUGCUUCUUUCUUACAGUAUAGUCAGACAUCAUCGAGCAGCUAUGGGGCUCACCAUGUCGUCGAUCUUUGAUAAGUUUUUUGGCAAAAAACAAAUGAGGAUUUUGAUGGUUGGGCUGGAUGCUGCCGGGAAAACAACUAUCUUGUACAAAUUGAAGCUUGGUGAAAUCGUGACCACCAUCCCAACCAUUGGUUUCAAUGUGGAGACGGUAGAAUAUAAAAAUAUCAACUUCACUGUGUGGGAUGUGGGUGGCCAGGACAAGAUCAGACCCCUCUGGAGACAUUACUUCCAGAACACGCAGGGCCUCAUCUUUGUGGUGGACAGCAAUGACCGAGAAAGAGUGGCAGAAUCUUCAGAUGAGCUCAGGAAGAUGUUGACUGAGGAUGAGUUGAAAGACGCUAUUGUGCUGGUGUUUGCUAACAAACAGGACCUUCCCAAUGCCUUAUCAGUCAGCGAACUCACAGACAAGCUUGGCCUACAGACCCUCCACCACAAAAAUUGGCACAUUCAGUCAACCUGCGCAACCCAGGGCACUGGGUUGUAUGAGGGACUUGACUGGCUAUCCAGAGAGUUGUUAAAGACCUAAAGAAGGCUCGGCCUAACGGAGAGAGAUGAGGCUCGACAGGACAGGACAGAAGGCACAGACAUUCAAUCCAGAAACAUUUGUUCUUCCAGAACCAAUGUUCACAAAGAGGAGAAGGCUGGUGGACAAUAUAUAAUCGUCUUUGGGGAAUUUUACUAUCACAUGUUUUUGUUUUUUUCUUUUCUUAUCAUUAACAUUACCUUAUUCUCUGUUGAUAUAGUGUGUUUUCUCCUUCUGUUCCACAACUCUUACAUGGCAACACUUUGUAAUUCCACAUCCAGUUGCCUGAUGAGCAAAUGGCCGUUUAGGGGAAAUUUUAUGAAAACAAAUAAUAAAUGAAGUGAUUGAAGUUUUUUUUUUUUUUUUUUCUUCACCUCUGCUGCUGUCUAGGCAGAAUUUGCAGUAAUUGACCACUUGUAUACUUGUUUGACUUUCUUAUAGCCAUUAUUGAGCUGAACCUUGGGGGAUAGCAUAACUAGAGCUUUGGUGAGGGACGUCAUCUCUACAACUCCUCCUGCUUAUCUCACCCGUUGCUCAUUUCUGUAAAGGCCUGUAGCCCGUAGAAUGAGAUGGACGAGGAUUGCAUUGAUUUUUUUUUUUUUCCAGAUAAAUAGUUAGUUGUGUGGAACCACAUGGCCUCCCAGUAAAUGGAUCCAAAGGGAAUAUUGUGCCUUCUGGUCCCGCUUAACACAAAUCUGACUAAUCCUUUUCAUAUCUCAUUCUGAGGCUAUACUCACUCAUUAGGCGCUUAAGUGACUUGUUUGUUUUUGAAAGACGCUUCCUUUUGUUCUGCAGUGUAAGCUGAGGUGCAGCAGAACCACACUAGUGUGAAUGUACAUUGCUUCUUUACAACUUAACUAUCAACCAGGAUUUCAUACUGUUUACAUCCUUCUAGCCUUUUUUUUUUUUUUUUUUUUGUUAUAUAUAGCCACCAUGCAUGGAAAAGGGAUUUAAUUAGAUUUUUCAUUUCUACUGACACACUAACAGAACAUCUUGUUUCCCUGAAAGGAGGAAGGAAGCACCUUUCCAGUGUUGACACAUGGCCAAUGUCAGUGCGACGCAGUAAAGUAGCAUGUUCUUUUGUUUGAGUUUGUUGUACUGUCUGAAGAGUACUGUAAACUAAAGCAUACCUGCCCCAUUAGUUUAUUUUUGUGUAUACAUUCCAACCCAUGCUUGCAGAUGCUGGAGCUGCCACUCUUAAAAUUAUUCCCAAAAAUUAUUUUACAAAAAAAAAAAGCUCUAAAUAAAGACAACGUUAAAACAAA